UCGGUUGUACUAUAUGGUUUAGUAUACGUUUAGCCGGCGGACACAUCGUAGCCACCGCUCGAAUCCGACACAUUUUUCAUUCAAAUUUAUUCAUCAACAGUUUAAUUUGAAUUUUUUUUUCAUUUUCUCAACGCAGGAAAAUUUUAAUAUCGAAUAAUAGGUGUAUUUUAGUGAUUUUGAUCUGAACAAGAAACGACGGUCAUUUUAUCCACAACGAGGUGUAUAUGUGUGUAUAAUUUUUUUAUUUCUUUAACCAAAUUCUGCGUCAACCAGAAAAGAAAUCGUGCAAAAUUGUUUAAAAAUCGACAAUUUUUAAUUUUAUAAUUUAUUUUGGUUAAUUGUGAAUUGGAAAGUUGCUGAAAAUAAAAUGUAUGCAAUUCGUCGAUAUGCAAAUUUAAAACAGUUCGUCAAGUUGGAGCAAUGUGGUCGUUUAGCAAACAUUGUUCAAAGUGCCACAUCGAACAGAACAUUUUACACAUAUUCACCGGAACCAAGCCAGCCCAUAAACCGAGACCCCACAUUCUGUUCAAUUGAAGAUGCAGUUAAAUGCGUCAAAUCAGGUGAUACGGUAUUUGUUCAAGGAGCUGCUGCGACCCCGACGAAGCUUGUAACUGCUUUGGCUGAACAUGGCAAGGCCGCCAAAUUGAGCGAUGUGACAGUUUGCGCUAUGCACACCGAGGGCUUGGCCGAAUACACUGAUCCAUCAUUGGAGAACACUUUCCGAUCGGUUUCAUUCUUCAUGGGUGGCAAUGUACGUAAAGCAGUUGCUGAUGGCCGUGCCGAUGCUGUACCAAUCUUUUUGCAUGAAAUUCCAAAACUUUUCCACCAGAAAAUCUAUCGUCCAGAUGUCGCACUUAUUUCGGUCUCGCCACCAGAUCAACACGGCUACUGUUCAUUGGGAACGAGUGUCGAUUGUGUCCGAGCUGCUCUUCAACAUUCCAAAGUCAUUGUUGCGCAAAUUAACAAGCAAAUGCCACGCACAUUCGGAGAUUCAAUUAUUCAUCAAUCACAUUUUGAUUUUGCUGCUCAUAUCGAUGUACCGCUUCCAUCGCAUGGCGGCAAAGGGUCAACAGAACAAGAAACUAAAAUUGGUCAAUUAAUCGCUGAGAAUUUGGUUGAUGAUGGUGCCACACUGCAAAUGGGAAUCGGAAAUAUCCCUGAUGCUGUUUUGAAUGCAUUGCACAAUCACCAGGACCUUGGUAUUCAUUCGGAGAUGUUUGCCGAUGGUGUUGUCGAUUUGGUGAAAAACGGUUGUGUAACGAACGCCAAGAAGGUUAUCCACAAGGGACGUAUCGUCGGUUCAUUUUUGAUCGGAACGAAGAAACUAUACGACUUUGUUGAUAACAAUCCGUUUAUCGAAAUGUUGGAUAUUUCCUAUGUAAAUAAUGUCGGAAUUAUUGCGAAAAACCCAAAAAUGACUGCCAUCAAUUCAGCCAUCGAAGUUGAUCUCACCGGACAAGUGUGCUCCGAUUCGAUUGGAACCAGAAUGUACUCAGGAUUCGGUGGUCAAGUCGAUUUUAUUCGUGGUGCAGCCGAAGGAUUCGAUGGCAAAGGGAAACCAAUCAUUGCUCUGCCUUCAGUCACAAAACGCAAUGAAUCGAAAAUUGUUCCAACUGUUAAAUUGGGCGGUGGUAUUGUAACAUCUCGUGCCCAUGUUCACUAUGUAGUCACUGAGUUCGGUAUCGCUCAUUUGUUUGGAAAGACAUUACGGCAACGAGCACACGCACUCAUCAACAUUGCCCACCCAGAUCAUCGAGAAAGCCUCGAGAAAGCUGCAUUUGAACGGCUAAAAUGCAUGCCUUCCGCCUAAGCUCUCGCCUCAAGUAUUAGAUUUGCUAUGUAAAUUCCUAGCGAGUUGAACACAAUUGUUAAGAUAUAAAUUGGAUUGGUUUGGAAAUUUCAAUAGAAUUGGAUGCAAAUAAAUUGGCUUAAAAUUGAACGUUAAACCGAAAA